GGCCGGUGGACCGGUGUUUUUCACGGAAACAACAAAGGAGGGCGCACUUGCAAUUUACGGUGUGUUGAUGUGGUUCAAGUGGUUGGUGACUCAUCCUUGCUGGAAUCGUUCACUCGAUCGUCAGAACUUGAUUGGUUGAGAUGGCAUCAGCACCACACAACACCGCUCCAACUCCGAGCUUCAGCCUGACACUGAACCCUCCUCAGUUGAAUGACGCUACCAAAACAUCAUCCAAUCCAUGUAGUCUGCACAGUCCAACCAGUAUGUUUGGCACUGGUGCAAUGACGCUGACAAAGGAAGAGAGAGAAAAAGUACAAGACAGAAUUCUUCUAGAACCUUACACCUACAUCCUGCAAGUUCCUGGCAAGAAGAUUCGCAUCAAAUUGACUAAGGCCUUCAACCACUGGUUACAAAUUCCCAGCGAGAAACUGGAGAAAGUCAGUGAAAUCAUUCAGAUGCUACACAAUGCAAGUUUAUUAGUUGACGAUAUUGAGGAUAAUUCUAAGCUACGUCGAGGCAUUCCAGUGGCUCACAGUAUAUUUGGCACAGCACAAACCAUCAACGCUGCAAACUAUGUCUACUUCCUUGGACUACAGAAAACAAUUGAGCUUGGACACCCAGAAGCAACCAAAAUAUUCAUGGAGCAACUCAUUCUUUUACAUCAGGGGCAAGGCAUGGAUAUAUGGUGGAGAGAUGCGUUUGUUUGUCCGACAGAAGAUGAAUAUAAAGAAAUGGUGCUGAAGAAAACUGGAGGCCUUUUUGGUUUAGCAGUGAGGCUUAUGCAACUCUUUAGUGAAAACAAGAGUGACUUCACCCCACUCAGUGACAUGCUGGGCCUGUACUUCCAAAUUCGUGACGACCUCGCCAACUUACAAUCCAAGGAGUACACAGAAAACAAGAGCUACUGCGAAGACUUGACAGAAGGCAAAUUCUCCUUUCCCAUCAUCCACGGCAUCCUCAGCCGACCGGAAGACAACCAAGUCAUGAAUAUACUCAGGAAGAGGACCACCGAUGAAGAGAUUAAAAAAUACUGUGUGGAUCAUCUAGAAAAGAUUGGUUCGUUUGACUACACAAAGAGUGUUCUGGUGGAAUUAGAAGAAAUAGUUCUACGUGAGAUGUCCAAACUAGGCGCCAAUCCGUACUUGCAAGCAAUGGUAGAAGAACUUGGUAAACUCUACAAGGAACCCAGCCAAUGACGAGGGAGGUCUGAGAUAGUUCCAUAGGUACUAGCACAUAUGGGCCCUUUCACACGGCAGCAAAAUCACAAAGGUCCCAUGUGAAUUUAGCUGAUUUUGUUAUCUUGCCUAGACAGUUUGUGAUCACAUAAAUUUUUUUUACAUAAAAAAUUCAUUUAACAUGAGGAAUAAUCAGUUGCUUCCGGCAUUCAUUAAUGAAUAAUUAUGGUUUGGAUUUUUGAACAUGUAUAUUAAUAAAAGGUAUCAAUAUUCCAAGUUGUUUUAUUUUGGGAUUUUUGUCUUUAAAGUUUCCUUUUGCUGUAACAAAUGGAUUUAAAAUAGACUUUGCUUUCAGAUGUACGUUUGUCAUUUCUUGCACAUUUCAAAAGGCUGUGUAAGAUUAAAGUGCAAUAUAACAGUACCAUACAUCUGUAUAUAUUUAUUUUGCUUUAAGUGUACUUUUCUCAAAGGCAAAUGUGGUUAAAGGGAUGGCAAAUCGUAAUCCGUAUUAAUUAAAUUUCCAAGUUCAGACAAUUGUAUUUUAAGAUUCCAAAUAUUAUCAGCGCAUUGUACUUUGUCAUUCUGUUCCUAAUUUGGAUUUGCACAUUUUUACUGUAAUCUUACAUUUUGCGCCUGAUUGUUUGAGAACUCAACUCUAAAAUGUUCUGAAAAGUUAACAUUUACAAGUAUGAAAUAAUUCAUAUAAAAAUUGGUUUUUAUUGAAAAAAAAAAGUGUUACUUUUACCAUUCCAGCAUGUUUUUUUAGAAGGGGGCAAGUAUGAAAAAAAAAAUUCUGAAAAACAAAGAACAAAACACAUAAAAAAAAAACCAUACAAAACUUUUUGACAACGAAACAAAAUGAUGCUAUGCAACUGUAUUUAACUUCAGGGCAAAAAAAUUGCAGUUGUAAAUACCUUUAUUCAUCACAUCAUAAAAUACUUUUUGUAUAAUAUUACAAUUUUUUUUUAAGUUCAAUUACAGUUAAUAGAUUCCUUAAUGAACGUGUUCACUAAUCAAUGCUACAUUUUUUUUAGAGCGAGAGAAAAAAAGAAAAAGUUAUAGAACAGCUGAAGUUAGUGGCCAUGUAAAAAAAUUGAUGGCCAAAAUUGGCGGCAGUGAAAGAACAUGUACUGAUAUUUAAAGGAGUUUUCUUAAAGUGCAAGGAAUGAAAAAAAUAUUGAUUUUAAUAAGGCUUGAAAUGUAUAGAUGCUUUGCACAGCAGCCAUGUUGGAGGUGCAUGCCAUUUUGUUUUACAGGGAUCACAUGAGUAGCCCUCUUGUGCAUUCAUUGUUAAUGCAUUAAAUUAACAAAAACACCUCAAAGAUGUCUGCUGAAUGCAAUAGGUCAAUGUGAGCUAUACGUCAGUAACAGUUAUGGGCUUACUGUAGCAGGGUGUUUAUGGUGUUUAUAGUGAUACGUAUUCACAAGUGAUUUUUUGCGGUUAAGUUUAGAAAUGACUAUUUACUGACUACAUUCCGUGAGCGAGAAGCAAAUUAAACAUGAACCCAUUUUACUGGAACUGAACAAGACUGCUUUUUGGGUUGCAACUUUUUGGUUCUAAAGGAGAUAAUACAUGACAAGUCUUGUUUUGAGGACCACAGUUUGUAUCCAAUUAGUGUUUUGCUUUCCAAAGUUGAUAAAUACACCGCCAUAUACUGAACCAAACUGGUUACAACUGCUCUGCGAAAUUCAAAUAAAACUUAUGCGUUUCAUUCAUAUGUACAUCCAGGGAUUGUAUUACACCGUGGCAACAGUUUAUCUUAUUAAAAAAACAUCGGUAUCGUUACCUAUUCAAUCCGACCCCAAAAGCCACUAUUAAAGUUCAUUCUGAUUAAUAAAAG